AAUAUAAUGUUGGUGUCUUUCAGUGCAGGCUACCUCUCGGACUGUGAACAGUCAGGUGGAAGUGCGCAUAAGAGAAAGUUCAUUCCGUUAUAAAUUAUUAUUUUUAUAUCGGACACACUAAAGAAAGAACAAUUGUGUACCCUAUUAUUUGCAAGUAACAUUUUUUGGGGUAAUUUCCCAAGAGAAAGCACAACUUCACCAUUAUUUAAUCACCCAGCUGUGGAUACUUACCGAAAAAACGUGUUUGCAAAAGUGAAAGGACAGAUGGGUGGGAGUUGAGAGAGACAGACAGACAUCCCCCUGCUCCUCCAUCUCUCCUGCCUGGACUUCUGCUCACUGCCCCCUCAGAGAUGGCAGAGGACAUGUGGGAGAACAGAACAGUCCCCAGCCCUUACCCCCACCUCCCCCUGUCUUUGCUACUAUGUAACGACACCUUCCUCAAUGACACCCUCCUCAACGACACCCUCUUCAACUGCAUCAACUCCACCAACAUUCCAGAGAUGCCAUUAGGACCCAGUGUAGCAGGGGUCCUCAUCCCACUCAUCUACAUCAUCGUCUGUGUCAUCGGCCUUGGCGGGAACAGCCUGGUCAUCCACAUUGUGCUGCACUACUCCAAGACGGAGUCUGUGACUAACAUCUACAUCCUGAACCUGGCCAUCGCUGAUGAGCUCUUCAUGCUGGGCCUGCCCUUCCUGGCUGUCCAGAACACCCUCCAGUUUUGGCCCUUUGGCUCCUUUAUGUGCCGCCUGGUCAUGACCGUGGACUCCAUCAACCAGUUCACCUCCAUCUUCUGCCUAACUGUCAUGAGCAUUGACCGCUACCUGGCAGUGGUCCAUCCCAUACGCUCCUCCAAGUGGCGGCGGCCCCAGGUGGCCAAGGUGGUCAACGGUACAGUGUGGGCGAUCUCCUUCCUGGUGGUCCUGCCUGUGGUAAUCUUCGCCAACGUCCACAAGACGGGCGGCACCUGCAAUAUCUCCUGGCCUCGGCCGGCCGACAUUUGGCGGGCGGCUUUUAUCAUCUACACGUCCACAGUGGGUUUCUUCUGCCCACUCCUCAUCAUCUGCCUCUGCUACCUGCUCAUUGUCUUCAAGAUCCGCAGCUCUGGCAAGAAGGUCCACGCCACGUCCACCAAGCGCAGGAAGUCGGAGCGCAAGGUGACGCGCAUGGUGGUGAUCGUGGUCGCCGUGUUUGUCUUCUGCUGGUUGCCCUUCUACGCCCUCAACAUCCUCAACCUGCUGGUGUCUCUGCCAUCAGAGUACCCGGGCCUCUACUACUUUGUUGUGGUAAUGGGCUACGCCAACAGCUGCGCCAACCCCAUCGUCUAUGGCUUCCUGUCAGAAAACUUUAAGCGGGGCUUCCGCAAGGCCCUGUGUCGCUCCUCACGCAAGGUGGAGAGCCACGACCUGACAGAGCGCCAGCAGCAGCAGGAGGAGAGAGGGAGGGUGCUGAAGCCCCGGGAGAGCUUGAGGAGGGUCGUACGAGAUGAGGAGGAGGAAGAGGAUGAUGACGACAGGGAGGACGUCACAGAGAUGACGGAGAUCUGUAGGAUCGCCCAGAAUGGGAACGGACAUCCUGAGAGUUCCCAGGCCCUGUUAACACCCAAGGCGCCAGCUCCAGGGGCAUCUGAGCAUGUGGUAUCCCCAGAAAGGAAAGCCAAAGCUGGUGACAUUGGUGGGAAAGGCCCAAGCUUGGGGCCUCCAGCAUCCCUGCAUAAUGGACACACAAAUGGGAGUGUCAAACCACUGCCAGAGGAGCCAGUGGAGAAGAACUCCUCACUGGAGAUAAGCUACCUAUAAUGUAAAAUAACUGUCUCCGAAGUCAGUUACUUGAUGGAACUUGCAUUAAUAUUUUGUAGCAUUCAUGUAAUGUCUAUUUAAAUGUACAGCGCUAUACACAUAUAGAGAAGAGAAGCACUCUGUAAGGCCAUAGCACCUUUCAUAAUUUAUUGCUACAUUUCUGAUCAAUGGGCUGAGAGUGUUUGAACUCUACAUCAAGCCAAUGGAAUUUGUGUUACAAUGACUUGAUACUGCCUGUAAAACGGUGUAUAUACUAGGUUGUUUCUGAAGACAUUUGUAUAAUUUCAAUCUGUAUUUAUAUGUUUUACCACAUGAUCACUGUAUGUACAUAAUGUCUGUGCCUUUUUCCAAACUUAUCUGACAUAUCUGAUUGUAAUUGUAUUACAUUUUUACUGCACAAUGUGACAAUCAAUUAUAUAUAGAUGAAUGUAGCGUCACUUCUAUAUCCUAGUCAUUCACCUCGCUACACCUUAGCUGGAGGAACAGAGGACAGAAGAAAAAGAAGGCACCUUGUGUAGCUUCUAUCCCAUGCCAACAGAAUGGCCCUACACUCUUAGAACAAGGGUUCCAAAAAGGUUCCAAAAGGGUUAGUUGGCUGUAGAUAGCACCUCUUUUUCUAAGACUGUACCAAUUGUUUGUUUAGAUUGUUGAGGACUGGGGGGUGCACAAUCAGAGGAGGAAAACAGGUGCCCCGAUUGGCAUAAAAUCAAACGGUGGUUAUAGAUUGAGGGUUUAUUUUGCUUGUGUGUUGUGAGCCAUGGUUGUGUUUGUACUGCUGCUAUAUGGGGGAAGAAAAGGGCUCUGGAAAGAGUUGGCAACUUGGCAUCCGGUGACAGUGUCUCAUGUCACUGAAUAUCAAGGUGAAAUAUCUGGUGACCGUGUCUCGUAUUACUGAAUAUCAAGGUGGAAUAUCUGGUGACAGUGUCUCGUAUUACUGAAUAUCAAGGUGGAAUAUCUGGUGACAGUGUCUCAUGUUACUGAAUAUCAAGGUGGAAUAUCUGGUGACAGUGUCUCAUAUUACUGAAUAUCAAGGUGGAAUAUCUGGUGACAGUGUCUCAUAUUACUGAAUAUCAAGGUGGAAUAUCUGGUGACAGUGUCUCAUGUUUCUGAAUAUCAAGGUGGAAUAUCUGGUGACAGUGUCUCAUAUUACUGAAUAUCAAGGUGGAAUAUCUGGUGACAGUGUCUCAUAUUACUGAAUAUCAAGGUGGAAUAUCUGGAGACAGUGUCUCAUGUUUCUGAAUAUCAAGGUGGAAUAUCUGGUGACAGUGUUCAAUUUGCUUGAGGGCAUACCAAGGUUGCACAUAUCUGAUUGUUGUUGAGUUGUUGUUCAACACUUGACCCUCUGGUUUCUGUAACUCGGUCUAUAUAGUAUGCCAUUUGAAAGGUCAAGGAACAUCAGAGUUCCUAUACACUGAUUGUUUCUUUUAAGAAUGACUUUUUCCUGUUCUUUUGAAUGCUAUCUGGCAGCUAUGACAGGGGAGCCACAUUGGAGGCAUUGAGGUUGAACAGACAGAGGAUAUGAGAAUAUAGACAGAUAAGAUAUGAGCAUGAAGGGCUGAAAGGGAUGUAGGGAUGGUAUCUACAAUAUCUGACAUCUAGGUGAUUCAUAUGACGAAAUGAGCGCAGAAUGUCAAAAUAGUGGAUGUUUUCUUUAGAGGUUUAGUUCAUCAGGGGAAAAGACUACUGUAAAUCAUGCACACACCAAACCAUGAAAAAUAAACUGGUACUGUAGGUGCACAAAAAAUAUGCAUUAUUAGACCGUUACACCAGAGUUACCACACAGACACAAGCCCUCAUUAUUAACCAAUUUGCCCAGUGGAGUGGAAGGCAUUAGGUGAAACCACACUGACCAACACAUAAAGUGCCUCAGUAUAUUGUUAUACUCCACCAACAUUGUUGACUCUUGUGUCCCUUUCACUGCAUUCAAUGAUACAAAUAGCAGUGUAUUGUAGAAAGCAGUUAACUCACUUGAACAAUGCUAUCUGAUCCAUGAUAAAUCCAUUUCCUCUGCCACCCCCACCGCUGCCACACUCCCACACACACACUCUCUCUCACAGCUGCAUUAAGAGGUGUGAAAACAUCAUUAAAGGCUUAUGAAAAGUGAAUUGUUUCACUAAUGCCAUGCUUGCAGUUCCGCUGGGCAGACUUGUGACAAGCAGCAUACUGUGAAGUGUUGUAUAAUUGCCACUUUCAUGUCAAAUAUACACUUGUUUACUUGUACUUGAGUUGUGUACGGGAUUAUUCUAUCAGAAUAUGAUUUUUGUUUUCCACUGUUUGUGUGAUCUUUCCUCAGUGAUAAUCAGCGCAGUGCUUAUUGUAGACGGAGGUGAGGCAAGAGGCUGACCACCUGAUUGGUCGACGGGUGGUAUCUUUAUGAAUCUGUGUGAUUCAUUGUCCGCUCUCUCCACCCACAGACGCCCACCUAAGUAUGAUAUGGGCACAGAAAGAAGCAAACAGAACCGCAGGUGACUCUGAUAACACUGAUAUUAUUCACUCUUUUUGGCAGUGGCUACUAUGGAAACACUAUGUAAACAGUGCCUGUAGCGCAAGGGUAAGAACACAACAGAGCUCUGAAAGUCAGAGAAUAGGCAUAGUAUUUAUCUAAUCCAGAUGUGCUAUUUGGUUUGGGAUUAAAUCUCUCAAUCCAAGGGCAACACACAUGUUCUCAGCUAACUAUGUGUAGAUGAUCAUUCUGUGGUGUGGCCAAUGCGUUCCAAUGGGCCAUGCCAAAACACCAUCAGUGUUAUUGUGCCUUUUUUUUUAAAUUGUGUCUCAAGCAUCUCAUUGUGCCAAUGCAAUCUGACAGUUUUAGCAUUGCUCAAAAAGACAGCUGGGGGGUAACAAGUAAAUGGUUUGCUGAUGGUUUGUGGGAGAAGGGACUGUUCUGGCAGGUGAGGUGUGGGAGAAGGGACUGUUCUGGCAGGUGAGGUGUGGGAGACGGGACUGAUCUGGCAGAUGAGGUGUGGGAGAAGGGACUGAUCUGGCAGAUGAGGUGUGGGAGAAGGGACUGAUCUGGCAGGUGAGGUGUGGGAGACGGGACUGAUCUGGCAGAUGAGGUGUGGGAGAAGGGACUGAUCUGGCAGGUGAGGUGUGGGAGACGGGACUGAUCUGGCAGGUGAGGUGUGGGAGACGGGACUGAUCUGGCAGGUGAGGUGUGGGAGAAGGGACUGAUCUGGCAGGUGAGGUGUGGGAGAAGGGACUGAUCUGGCAGAUGAGGUGUGGGAGACGGGACUGAUCUGGCAGAUGAGG